GUUUUUUUUUUUUUUUUUUUUUUUUUUUUCGGUUUUUUUGUUUCGUUUCGUUUGUGGGGGCUGGGUUGAGGUGGAUGUGUGAGUCGGAGCGUGUAUGGUUGUUUGUAUGUGCGUGCGUAUGUUGCGGUUGUUGAUCUUUGUGUAGUGGGAAGCGUUUGUGAGGUCCAAUUUUACUCGUUCGGUUGCAAUUUGGUGGGUGGUGUGUGUUUGUUGGGUUCAUGCGUGCCUGAAAUUCGAUCUUCAUGUUCGUCUUGGAUGCGUUGGGUUGUUAAGCUUUCCGAUGGCUGUUGGGAGCAGGAAUUGGGCUUCGCCUCUAUGGACGUCUGUUGUCCAUGGUUGUGUCGUGAUGGGUAGUCAUCUGUCAUCCGGGGAGCGUGGUUGUUUUGGUUAUCGUGAAGGUCCUCAUCGCUUACCCGUGGGACCUUGCUUACGUGGCCGUGACGCAUAGAAUUGCGUCUCGGGCUUCGCAUUGACUCGAACAUCGGUAGAUUGUCAGCGUGAAUUAUGUUUGAACACUCUUCGAUUGCGUCAAUUCGACGCCGAGCGAGCAGUUCGUGGGCUAUGCAUAUUCUUUAUGAAGUGUCAGAAACCUUUUUACAUGCCAUACGUGCGUCGCACUCCUAGUGUCUAAUCUCCUCUUGGGUGCGCUCUUGAUUUAUCUGCCACUUCAUUUACCUUUUGAACCAUAUGCGCAAAUUUGCACUGUAUGGACAUCGUACAAUCCAGGAUGGAUUUCUUCCGUGUAAUCCGCCUAUGGCUUGUUUGACGUUUGGGUAUUGCGUGUUUACCGUCUAUUUUUUAUGUGUGGAUAGUGUUUGGAUUGUGGUGGAGACGAAUCUCGACGUUCUCUCCGAUAAAUCACGUUUCUCUGUGCCAAUGGAUAUCUCUUUGACCUUCUUUCGACUCUUAGAAGGCUUCGGUUGCGAGUUCUCGAAUAUAAUCACGAUGUAGGUAUAGUCGUGGUGGCAUCGUUUAUAAUGUAUCAGAUGCGCUCUUUAGUUUCUUUGAUGAUGGUUUUUUCCAUGGUUCGACAGCAGUUUAGUCUAUAUCGCGGCGAUGGCUGCAGUGUGACGUCUCGUUAUUGCCUUUUGGUGUUGACAUUGUGAAAUAGCUGUCAAUCUGAAAUGCGUGUCCAUUCUACUCGGAAUUGGAUUGGAGCCGGUGACAGCGAGAUGGGAUUCCGAUCGUGAGAACUGUGGGGUGCUUGUGUUAUAAUAAUAAGCACAUACAGGAGAGAAGGAGAGGCAACAUCAUGGGCAGGUUGUACUUGAUACAAUUGGAUGGGCGCAUCUAUAGCUGUCGGAAUUGCCGCAGCCACUUAGCUCAGUGCGAUGAGCUGGUCUCGAAGUCGUUUCACUGCCGACACGGAAAGGCCUACCUGUUCAAUACUGUGGUGAACGUCUCUGUUGGGCCACUAGAGGAUCGAAUGAUGACCACCGGUAAACAUACGGUGGCUGAUAUCUUCUGCAACAGUUGCCAGCAAGUCGUGGGGUGGAAAUAUGAAGUGGCUUUUGAGAAGAGCCAGAAAUACAAAGAGGGCAAGUUUAUUCUUGAGCGAGCCAAGAUGGUCGAUGGCGACGGCAGCGAUUCAUUUCCAAUCAGCGAUGGAGAUGAUGAAUAACCCAUCACUUUGUCUGCCUCCACGGUCCACGGCGUUAGUAUGGCGCGUCCCUUCCAAGGUGCUGGUUGGUCCCAUUCUGCAACCCCAAAACCCAGCACUGGCCCCGCUUCAGCCGCAUCGAUUUCGGUUUUAUGGUUUUUUUCUUUUUUUAUUUAUUUUUAUUUUUACUUUAUUUGUAAAGGCCAAUAAUCCAUUUCGUAGGCACGACCUAGCGCAAACCGGGGGAAAAGAAAAAGAAAAAGAAAACUGCUGAAUUGAUUUGGAUAAAAUUCUUGUGGCGUACUUGUACAAACUUACAAUGGCCAAUGUGCUGCCGGAGCAGUCAGCACUAACAUUGAUGUACAUACUCUUUUUAAGUUCCUCCACGUGCAAUUUUUUUACUUC